AUGGAUGAGACACUGAACUACAGCGGAGCGGUGAACAGAAGUCCACCUGGCUAUGACAAAUUCAGGUUUGAAGACAUCGAUGUGAGCGCAGACGGCGCUUUCAUUUUGAGGGUACUCAUCUCAGUGGUUUAUUCUGUGGUGUGCGCCGUGGGUUUGGUAGGAAAUCUGCUUGUGUUUUACCUUAUGAGGCUACGACAAGGUCGAAAAAAGUCCAGCCUCAACUUUUUUAUUAUUAACUUGGCAGUCACGGACUUCCAGUUCGUGCUCAUGCUGCCAUUCUGGGCUGUGGACACGGCUCUGGACUUCAGCUGGCCGUUUGGAAACGCCAUGUGCAAAAUCAUCCUUUCCGUCACGGUGAUGAACAUGUACGCGAGCGUGUUUUUCCUCACAGCCAUGAGUGUGACGCGGUACUGGUCGGUUUCCUCGGCGCUGAAGAAGAAAGCACACGGGAGGACACGCUGUGAGAAGUGGGUGUGCGUGGUGCUGUGGGUGGCAGCGACAGUAGCCACAGCUCCAACGACCAUCUUCUCCACUGUGACUGUGGUGGCCGGGGAGAAACUCUGUCUGCUCAAGUUUCCUGAAGGACACGACUGGCUCGCGCUCUAUCACAUCCAGAAAAUCCUGGUAGCCUUCAUCAUCCCCAUGCUCAUCGUCUCUGUGAACUACCUUAUGCUCCUGCGCUUCGUCAGGCGGAGGAGCAUGGACAGCAGCAACCCGAGACGCAGGAGCAGAAUCACCAAGUCUGUCGCUAUAGUGGUUUUGUCUUUCUUCUUCUGUUGGAUGCCUAAUCACGCCAUCACAUUCUGGGGGGUUCUCGUCAAAUUUAACGCAGUAAACUGGGACAAAUCAUACUACAUGGUACACACUUAUGUGUUUCCAGUCACGGUAUGCCUUGCGCACACGAACAGCUGCUUGAACCCAGUGCUUUAUUGCCUGAUAAGACCGGAGAUCAGGAAGAUGCUCAGCCGUUUGGUUUUCAGAGUCUCCACUCCUCCCCACAAUAAACGCUGCGCCAUGCGCUCUUUUACGCACGGAGACACUCAGGCAGUCUCCCCUCUCCACAUUAUACAGAACGAGUGCAAGCUGUCCGAUUUGGACCAUAAAAAGUCACCGAGCUCCAACAUGAUCCCAUUCACCAGCUAA